AUGGAGCUUAAUCUACCUGUCGCAGACUCAUUUGACCCGGACUUCAGACCUACAGCGCUGGACGUCCGCGCUACGCGCAUCCUCCUGCAACACGUCGGCCUCCCCACCGAGCUGAUCCUCCUCAUCCUAGACUUCGCACGCUACUGGACCAGCUGCACCACCUUCCGCGCCUCAAAGUUGUGUCUGCUCGACUGGAACCACGACCUCAACCACUCCUCCACUGUGGCUUACCUCUCCGCGCCCGUGUCCCUGCGUCCCACGUCCACUGGGGAAACGCCGAAAAUCCGGGAGAUUGAAUUCUGCAUCCUCAGUCACGACCAAGGCUGGACGUCCGAAUUCACGCAGAACAAGUACAAGACAUCUUCCUGGUUCGAAGUAAGUAUCGUGCGGGGGUCGCCUUCGCGCAUGCUGGGGGACUCAACGCGGACCUCUGGGACGAACUCCUCGUGCAUGCCACGGAACGUGGCUAUGUUCGCGGAUGUGGAGCGCGCGAGGGCGCACUGUAAGUAUGUCGAGUUUGUGCGAAGGCCGGAUGAGGGAAUGGAAGAGCAGAGGACGCAUUGCAGGGAGAUGAUAAGGGUGUUUAGGGAUGAGUCGCAGGGAGAGAUGCCAUUGGAGGAAGGCAUGCAUGCGUGGUGGUUGCAGGGGAAUCGUGUGGUUACCGCGACAGGAGAUCCUGAUCGGUGGGCGAGGAGGGAGAACGCGGUAGAGAAUCGAGUGAAGUGGGGGUGCAGGGCUGCUCCGGCGUGGGAGGGAAAUGAAGGGGCAGGGAAAGGCGAGGGUUUUGUGGACAGUUUGAAAGAUGGAGACUGUGUUGUUCUGUGGGCUAGAGUCAAGCGGAGAGGCUGGGAGAACCACGUGUAUGAGGCGAGCAUCUCGGUAAGGUAUACAAUGGGGCCGUCGGGAACAAAAGAGGUGAAGGCUGAGCGAUAUUGA